AUGGGCCCCAUAGAUGAUGUAGGAGUUCCUCUUCCUUCUACUCUUAAUUAUAGUAUUUUAGAUAAGAAAAAGUCAUAUGAAUCUGAUAAAAUUUGUAAUCAAUUAGCUGAAGAUUUAAGUGAUUACUAUGAUGUUUUCGAAUUUUGUGAGAAUCUUACAGGAAUCAUCAAAAUAUUCAAUAAUUUGUCACUCUCUGGUCAAUUCCAAGAGGACUCCUGUACAAUCGUGAAGUUUUGGAUGUAUGAUCGUUUAUUUAAAUUACGAAAUAGAAAACAAAGCGUUAAUGACGAUAUUAAUAAGAUUAUUCUUAAUCUAAAAGAAAAUUUUAAUGAUAAAGUUAAAGAAUGUAAUUUAUUUGAUUUUCCAUAUGUAAAGGAAGAUUUUGAUAAAAUGAAAAGUGUGUACGAUUAUGCUACAAAUUAUAAUACAAUUGAGAAUUACCUUUAUGAUAAUAACUAUAUAUGCAAUAAAAAUUUGAAAAGUUAUAUUAGUAAAAAUUAUGAAAUAUAUAUUAAUAUGAAAAAUAAUUGUAGCACUGGUGGUAUAAAAAAUAUGAUAUACUGUAAAGUUCUUGAAAAAAUUAAAGGAGUACAUAUAAAGGAAAAUCCCCCUUUAUCGUGUGAAGUAAAACAUUUAGAUGGUUCCAAUAACAGGAAAGAUCAAUAUAUGGCACAGACUGAAGAAGAACCGUCCAAAAACUUAGAACAAAAAAUCUCUGUUCCAUUUGAAGAUAUUAUUGUGGCAGUUAUUUUUCCACUUUUGGGAAUUGUUUUCUUAUUUUUUACAUUUUAUAAAUUUACUCCAUUUAAAUCAUGGCUAAAAGCUCAUUUAUUGAAAAAAAAAAUAAAUGAGGAUUAUGAAGGUGAAGAAUAUAUAGAUAAAUAUUUGAAUGAAAAUUAUAACAAAUAUGGACAUCAUAUACAUUAUGAUCCUUUGUGA